AUUGUGGGUGAUGAAGGACGCCUUUCUCAGGAAUGUACAGUAGUAUUUCCGCAAUUUUCACAACUAGUUUGGCGUCAUCUUGCUAUACAGUAAACGUCUACAAUUGUUUUUGUAAGCAUUGACCAGUUUAAUAAUGAUCAAAAUUAAAGCAACGGAGGUCAAUAAAAAUGAUGAAGUUGUCAGUAACAAAAAUCAGAAAGACGAACACGACUGGGCUGCGGCUAAGGCUUUCUAUGACAACCUGGGGUCUACAAAGAGACCCAGACCUCCCAAACCCCAAAAUGCUGUCACGAUCGCUGUAUCUUCACGGACACUGUUCAAUAUGGUCAAAGAAAGACAAUUCUACGAAGAUGAAGGUUUGGAAAAAUAUGUGGCGUACCAACUAGAGCACGAAAAUGAGCCCCUGAUGCCAGGAGCAGCUUUUCCGUUUGUAAAGGCAAUAAUGACAGUUAACGCCCGCUUACGGGAACUGUAUCCUGAUAGCGAGGAAUUGUUUGAUAUUGUUCUGAUGACUAACAACCACGCCCAGGUUGGAGUGCGGCUCAUUAACUGCAUCAACCAUUACGAUUUAACAAUUGAGAGAUUCUGUAUGACUGGUGGAAAAAGCCCCAUUGGUUACCUGAAGGCUUACCUUACCAACCUCUACCUCUCAAAUGAUUCUGAAAAAGUACAGGAGGCGAUAGAAGAAGGUAUUGCAGCUGCUGCCAUGUUCAAUGUUGAAAAAGAAAUCCAACUGCGUGAUGAUCAGCUGAGGAUUGCUUUUGAUGGGGAUGCUGUUCUCUUCUCUGAUGAAUCAGAACAAAUUGUGAAGGAACAUGGAUUAGACACAUUUUUUGAACACGAGAAAAAAUUUGAGAACAAACCUCUGGCACAGGGUCCCCUGAAAUGCUUUUUGGAGGCUCUGGGAAAACUCCAGCGUAAAUUCUACGCAAAAAAUGAGCGUAUGGACUGCCCAAUCAGGACCUACCUAGUGACUGCAAGAAGUGCUGCAAGUUCAGGGGCCAGAGCUCUGAAGACCCUGAGGAGUUGGGGCUUGGAGAUUGAUGAGGCACUUUUCCUGGCUGGGGCCCCCAAGGGGCCACUUCUGGAAAAGAUCCGCCCUCAUAUCUUCUUUGAUGAUCAAAUGUUCCACAUUGAGGGUGCUCAACAGCUGGGUACCAUUGCUGCACAUGUGCCUUAUGGAAUUGGUCAGAAGUACAACAAGGGCAAGCUUAAAGAGGAGAGUCCUAAGAAGAAGUAACAGACCAAGGGUGUAGGUUAAUGAUUCACAGAUUGGUAGAAGCUGCAAUUAUAUUCUCUACUGGUUUUAAAUGGGAAAACAGCUGUCUUUCUGUGGGAAUUUCCUAUUCCUAUGCGGGUGUUGCUUUUAAAUUUCAUUUUAUCCCCCUGACAUUUUGGUUAACAUACUAGUAAGUAACAUACUUACUUACUAGUCUGCUAUACAUGCAGCAAAGGAAAAGACAAACUGAUUUCAAUUAAUUUCAUUUUUUUUUUAAAGUUUUUUUUAUUGUCUAGAAUACAUUACAGUUUGUUAAUUUCUUGCUGCACUACUUAACUUUUCUUUGCAGCCCAAUUUAGUAAACUGAGUGAAGCUUACCUCAUAAUGCUUUAGUUGGAAGUGAAUUAUUAUCAGCAGGGUGAUACAGAUUUCAGUGCAUGGUGGUAUGUUGUACUGUUGGCCUUUUUAUACCAUGAAAAGAAAUGACUUCUGUUGGUGAAAAAGCAAAACAGAUAGUUUGCCUGCAAUUUCUUGUUAGCAAAUGCAAAUUGUACAUUUUAAGGAUGUAUGUAUGCAUCAUGUGUUAAUGUGCAGUUGACUUGCCCCUUUCAAUUUUUUUUAUAAUGUGAAAGAAAUAAUAAUAAUUUGCAUUUAAACAAAAUUAGGAUAUGAUAAAAGUUGUAAAAAUAUUCCAUAGUUUGUUUAAUUAUGUUUUUAACAAACUGGGAAUAAAUACUUUAAAGUUAAAAACUGGUGGUGGGGGUGGGGGGGUGCUUUUUGUUAUUGUGACUACAUCAAGGAUUGGGCCUUCUAUGUCCACAUGCUGUAGUUUUAGACCUUAAUGAAUUGUGUAAAGACGUUAUUUAAACAAAACACACCCUUACGUUUCUUAUAAAAUAUUUUGAAACAGUUUCUCAUCAGCUGAACCACAUCUAAAAAUCUGUUUUGUAUUCAACACUUUAUUUUUACAAGUUUUGUAUUGUGGUGUUUUGGUGAAGAAUGUAACAGAUGUUUAUGUGCAGUACUGUAUUCUGUAGUAUGUGUGCUGGAUAAAUACUGCUGUCAGUUUUAUUUUUUCCUUAUAUGCUUUUACUGCAAUAAACCUGGUUUGAAGUACAA